CUGCUGUCGCCGCCGCUUCCUGGCCCGGAUUCCCGCGUCCCCGCUGCGUCCCCCUCGGGACGUAGGAAUCAGUUGGGUGAUCUGCUUUCGUUGGCGGCCAGCGUCGCCCAGCGCCACUGCAGAGGGACUACUUCGCGUUCCCGCGGAGGAACUACUUCCGCCAGCCUCUGCAGAGGCGACGCGCGCAGGCGGCGCGCACGGCAUGGCGGCGGCGGCGCGCGCCUGAGGAGAGGGGACGCCGGCCCGCUCAGGCCUCGGCGCGGCCUACACGCCCCGCUCGCUCUCUCUGCUCCCGCCCUCGUGCCCGGCCAUGGCGGAGCCGUCGCCCGCCCGACGCCCGGUGCCCCUCAUCGAGUCGGAGCUCUACUUUCUCAUCGCCCGGUACCUAUCGGCAGGCCCUUGUCGCAGAGCCGCCCAGGUGCUGGUGCAGGAGCUGGAGCAGUACCAGCUGUUGCCGAAGAGGUUGGACUGGGAAGGCAACGAGCACAGCAGGAGCUACGAGGAAUUGGUCUUAUCUAAUAAGCAUGUGGCUCCUGAUCAUCUGUUGCAAAUCUGCCAGCGCAUCGGUCCCAUGCUGGAUAAAGAAAUCCCACCCAGUAUCUCCAGAGUCACCUCUUUACUCGGCGCAGGAAGACAGUCUUUGCUACGUACAGCAAAAGACUGCAGGCACACAGUGUGGAAGGGCUCUGCCUUUGCUGCUCUUCACAGAGGAAGACCUCCUGAAAUGCCGGUGAAUUACGGUUCCCCACCAAAUCUCGUGGAGAUCCAUCGAGGAAGGCAGCUCACAGGGUGCUCCACUUUUAGCACAGCAUUUCCAGGAGCUAUGUAUCAGCACAUAAAAAUGCACAGGAGGAUUCUCGGACAUCUGUCUGCUGUUUACUGUGUAGCAUUUGAUAGAACAGGACAUAGAAUCUUUACAGGUUCAGAUGAUUGUUUGGUAAAGAUUUGGUCAACACAUAACGGCCGUCUGUUAUCCACACUAAGAGGGCAUUCUGCAGAAAUCUCCGAUAUGGCAGUGAACUGUGAGAAUACCUUGAUUGCCGCAGGGAGCUGUGAUAAAAUCAUUAGGGUCUGGUGCUUGAGAACCUGUGCCCCAGUCGCCGUGCUGCAAGGACACACGGGGUCGAUCACGUCUCUGCAGUUUAGCCCCAUGGCCAAAGGCUCUCAGAGAUACAUGGUUUCCACUGGUGCUGAUGGGACGGUUUGCUUUUGGCAGUGGGAUUUACAGUCUCUGAAAUUCAGUCCACGUCCCCUGAAGUUCACCGAAAAGCCUAGGCCGGGCGUUCAAAUGCUUUGUUCUUCUUUUAGUGUUGGUGGUAUGUUUUUAGCUACAGGGAGUACUGAUCAUGUAAUCAGAAUGUAUUUUUUGGGUUUUGAAGCACCUGAAAAAAUUGCAGAACUUGAAAGCCACACAGAUAAAGUAGACAGUAUCCAAUUUUGUAACACUGGUGACCGGUUCCUAAGUGGUAGCAGAGAUGGAACAGCACGGAUCUGGAGGUUUGAACAGUUAGAAUGGAGAAGCAUUUUAUUGGAUAUGGCUACCAGAAUCUCAGGAGAAUCGUCUUCAGAAGAGGAAAGAUUUAUGAAACCCAAAGUAACAAUGAUAGCUUGGAAUCAGAAUGAUAGCAUUGUUGUCACAGCUGUGAAUGAUCAUGUCCUCAAAGUAUGGAAUUCUUACACUGGACAGCUACUUCAUAAUUUGCUGGGACAUGCCGAUGAAGUAUUUGUUUUGGAGACACACCCUUUUGAUUCCAGAAUUAUGUUAUCUGCAGGACAUGACGGCAGCAUAUUUAUAUGGGAUAUUACAAAAGGUGCCAAGUUGAAACACUAUUUUAAUAUAAUUGAAGGCCAAGGACAUGGGGCUGUGUUUGACUGCAAGUUUUCCCAGGAUGGACAGCAUUUUGCCUGCACAGACUCUCACGGGCAUCUUCUAAUCUUUGGUUUUGGGUGCAGCAAACCAUAUGAAAAGAUUCCUGAUCAGAUGUUCUUCCAUACUGACUACCGGCCGCUGAUUAGAGAUUCUAAUAAUUAUGUCUUAGACGAGCAAACCCAGCAGGCCCCUCAUCUUAUGCCUCCCCCAUUCUUGGUGGAUGUCGAUGGAAAUCCUCAUCCAACUAAGUAUCAGAGAUUAGUGCCCGGUCGGGAAAACUCCGCAGAUGAACACCUGGUCCCGCAGCUCGGCUAUGUGGCCACAAGUGAUGGAGAAGUCAUUGAGCAAGUCAUAAGCCUCCAGACCAACGAUCCCAGCGAGGGAAGCCCGGAGGCCAGCAUCCUUGAUGGAAUGAUAAGGCAGCUGCAGCAGCAGCAGGACCAGAGGAUGGGGGCAGAGCAGGAUGCCGCGCCUGGUGGACUUGCGCAUGGGGAGGAGACGCCGCGCAGAGGCUUUAGAAGAGUAAGUUUAGACAUCCAGUCCCCUCCAAAUAUUGGUUUGCGUCGUAGUGGACAAGUUGAAGGUGUCCGCCAGAUGCACCAGAAUGCUCCGCGGAGUCAGAUUGCGACGGAACGGGACCUGCAGGCUUGGAAGCGCAGAGUGGUUGUACCAGAGGUACCACUAGGCAUAUUUAGGAGGUUGGAAGACUUUCGAAUAGAAAAAGGUGAAGAGGAAAGAAAUCUUUACAUAGUAGGAAGAAAAAAGAAGACUCUUCAGCUCUCACAAAAGUUGGAUUCAAUGGCGUUGGUGUCACAGUCUAGGCAGAGGCCAUGUAGACGUAAAUACCCAGCUUACCAGAGGAGGAGUGCUGGCCGUCGUGUGUUAUCUUCUGGAAAUGAGUCUUCAUGUUCUGUAAGACAGGAGACAUCCUGUGACCAAAGUGAAGGUUCUUGUUCUUCUGAAGAUGAUGAAUGGAAAAGUGAUAGAAAAAGUGAAAGUUACAGUGAAAGCUCAAGUGACUCCUCCUCAUCUCAGUACUCUGAUUGGACGGCUGAUGCAGGCAUCAAUUUACAACCUCCUUUGAGAAUGUCAUGUCGUCGACGAAUUACCCGAUUUUGUAGUAGUUCAGAGGAUGAAAUGUCUACUGAGAAUUUAUCUCCUCCAAAAAGAAGACGUAAGAGAAAGAAAGAAAGUAAGCCUAAAAAAGAGCAGAAUUUGCGGAGGAUAACUCCAGCAGAGCUUGAAAACGUGGAACAUUUAUAUGAGUUUCAUCCCCCAGUGUGGAUAACAGACACCACACUUCGAAAAUCUCCCUUCGUUCCUCAAAUGGGUGAUGAGGUCAUCUAUUUCCGACAGGGCCACGAAGCUUAUAUUGAAGCUGUCAGAAGAAGUAAUAUUUAUGAGCUGAACCCCAACAAGGAGCCGUGGAGGAAAAUGGAUCUUAGGGAUCAAGAAUUGGUCAAAAUAGUUGGAAUACGGUAUGAAGUUGGACCCCCAACACUCUGUUGCCUUAAACUAGCAUUUAUAGAUCCUGCGACUGGAAGACUAACGGAUAAAUCCUUCUCUAUUAGAUACCACGAUAUGCCAGAUGUUAUUGACUUUCUUGUAUUGCGUCAGUUUUAUGAUGAAGCAAGACAGAGAAAUUGGCAGUCUUGUGACAGAUUCCGAUCUAUUAUUGAUGAUGCUUGGUGGUUUGGAACAGUGUUAAGUCAGGAGCCCUAUCAGCCACAGUACCCUGAUAGUCACUUCCAGUGUUACAUUGUGAGGUGGGACAAUACUGAAAUUGAAAAACUUAGCCCAUGGGACAUGGAACCAAUUCCUGAAAAUGUUGAUCCCCCUGAAGAAGUUGGAGCAAGUAUUUCUGUUACAUCUGAUGAGCUAGAGAAGUUGCUCUACAAACCACAAGAUGGUGAGUGGGGCCAGAAAUCGAGAGAUGAAGAAUGUGAACGGAUCAUCAAUGGCAUAGAUCAGCUGUUGAAUCUUGACAUAGCAGCAGCCUUCUCAGGGCCCGUUGAUUUGUGUACAUAUCCCAAGUACUGUACUGUGGUAGCCUAUCCAACUGAUCUUUAUACCAUUCGGAUGCGGCUCGUUAAUCGGUUUUACAGGAGGCUGUCUGCAUUAAUUUGGGAAGUCCGAUAUAUAGAACAUAAUGCCAGAACAUUUAAUGAACCUGAAAGUGUAAUCGCCAGAUCAGCUAAGAAGAUAACCGACCAGCUUCUGAAGUUCAUUAAGAAUCAAGAUUGCACAAAUAUUUCAGAACUAUCUAACACAUCUGAAAAUGAAGAACAAAAUGCUGAGGAUCUGGAUGACAGUGAUGUUCCUAAAACAUCCUCUGGAAGGAGGAGAGCCCAUGGCUGGAAGAAAAAGAGCAGCAGAGCUGCCAGCUACCUGGAAAGCAAGUGGAAGAGGCAGUGUAAGGAGCUGGUGAAUCUGAUUUUCCAGUGCGAGGACUCCGAGCCCUUCAGACAGCCUGUGGAUCUGGUGGAGUAUCCAGACUACCGAGAUAUUAUAGAUACACCGAUGGAUUUUGGAACAGUGAGGGAAACUCUGGAAGCAGGAAAUUACGACAGCCCUUUGGAAUUUUGCAAAGAUAUCCGGUUGAUAUUUAGCAAUGCCAAAGCAUAUACACCAAACAAAAGGUCAAAGAUUUAUAGUAUGACCUUGAGAUUAUCUGCUUUAUUUGAAGAAAAAAUGAAGAAAAUUUCUUCUGAUUUUAAAAUUGGUCAAAAAUUCAAUGAAAAACUUCGACGAAGUCAGAGGUUCAAGCAAAGGCAAAAUUGUAAUGGUGUUGUUCAGCCCAAUAAAAGGAUGAGAAAUAUCAAGCAGAAACGGUUAAAAUCUCAGCCAGAAGUUAUCUCUGAGUUGGUAGGUUCUCCUACCCAGUCUACCUCAAGUAGGGCAGCUCACUCUGCAGGACACAAGACAAGUGCUGGUGACUCUUCAGGGGCUACAUCUGGGGACUCUUCAGAUUCAGCGGGAUCGCUGGAGAGGAGGAGAAGAAACCGACCUGUCACUGUGCUGAAUGACUCUCUGCUAUCUGAAAGUGAAAUGGAAGAUUCCUUAGCUACCUCUUCGUCCUCUUCCGCUUUCAGUAGUUCAGAGGAGAGCAACAAGAGCUUGAGAGCACGAGAGUCCUUGCGUGGUGGGCUCUCCAGGAGCAGCAGCCUCAGAGUGACCAGGACUCGGGCUGCUCAGAGGAGAGCUGGUCCUCUCACCUUAGAAAAUGGCAACGGCAGAAAAGCCACUCGAAAAAGAGUCUAUGUAAGUGAUUCUGAUAAUAAUUCACCAGAGUCCAGUGAAAUGCUAAAGGCCAGAGCUGGUAAUAACCGAAAAGUCCUACGAAAGUGUGCUGCUGUGGCUGCCAAUAAGAUAAAGUUAAUGAGUGACGUAGAAGAAAAUUCUAGCUCUGAAAGUGUGUGCUCUGGUCGGAAGCUUCCUCACCGCAAUGCUUCUGCCGUAGCUAGAAAAAAGUUACUGCGUAAUUCUGAAGAUGAUCAGAGCACAAAGUCAGAUCUCGAAGAGGAAGAGGAGCUGAAAGAUCAGCCUCUACCAUUAGUAGCAUCUGGUUUGCAUGUUUCCCAGCAGACUGACAGUGAGCCUGAAAAUGGAGAUUCAGAGUCAGAAAGUGAUUUGCGGGUAGCCCGGAAAAAUUGGCGUGCUAAUGGAUAUAAGUCCCAUUCUCCAGCAAGUUCCAAAACCAAAUUCCCUAAGAUUGCAUCUUCUGAGGAAGAUUCUAAGAGUCCCGAAUCAGAUGACAGUUCUAACAGAACUGCUGGCCCCUCAGCUUCGGGUCGGAGAGCAGAAGCAGGGAACUUCUUGGAGGAAGUAGACUCUGAACCAGGAGCCACAGCUUUUCGCAAGAAUGUAAAUUUCUCUAAGAAAGCAAAGAUCUUAAGUGAUUCCGAAGACUCAGAAUCUGAAGAACAAGACAGGAAUGAAGACACGUGUCACAAAACGGAAACGAGCCAAAUUUCAGGAAACUUGAAAUGUGAGCCUGAUGUUGGGUCUCAGUGCUUCUCAGAUGAUAUAUCUGAAACUGGUUUAGAUUCAGAUGAUGACAAAACAAAAGAAAAACCAAACAAUCUUCUGAAAGAGUCUACAUCCCAAGACAGUGGACAGAGCAGAAAAGUUUCCAGGAAAAGGGUCUGCUCCAGUGAUUCGGAGAACAGCUCAAAGGCGACCAAGAAACCAUUGCAAGCCACAGCAGGUCACCCAAGGGCCACUCAGAGCGUUGCAGCUGCAGCUGGCAGCAGGAUCAAGCUUGCCAACGAUGCUGGAGAUGCCAGCUUAGAAAACGUGUGCACGAGGAGGAGAGGUGGGCGGAAGAAGGCGCUCCGUGUUGCUAGCCGCACAGCUGGGAAGCCGGUGGGUGAUGAUGAGGAAGACGCGAAUGGGGCAGGGCCGGGGGAGCGGUGUGCCAGUGCGGACGUGCCAUCUGCCCCCAACUCUGUGGGCCAUGCAGAGCAGGUCAGCGAGCCUUUACAUGGAGAUGUGGACUCGGAAGGCGUUUGGGAUUCAGACCAUGCGAACAGGCUUCCCAAUAGUAACAACACACAUGUCCCUUCUAAGACAGAGAAUUUCCCCUGUAGGUCUUCAGAAGAGGAUUCGCAAAGUCAUGCUCCAGGGAGGGAGACGGGUAGAGAACUUUCCUCUGUGUCCACUGUGGCACAGAAAGCUACUGCAGAGAACGCCUUUGAAGAGGAACUGAAUUAUGGGCUCCGCAGGUGGAAUGGCAGGAGACUCAGGACAUAUGGAAAGGCUCCUUUCAGCAAGUCAGGGGUGCUUGCUGACUCACAGGCAACAGCUGAGAUGGAAAUAAAGAGGAAGAGACUGCAUCCUGAAUUGGAAAAAGUGCACACCUCUAGAACCCCGGGGUGUUCACAGUACGGACCCAGUUCCAGUCCCAGGCCGUCAGACCUGGGCUCUGUAACUGAGUCAGAUGCUGACUGCACCAUUAACACAAGAGGCAAAAGAAGGAAAGCUAAAGGAAAAGCGAGAGUAGUUAGAAAAGGUAAAACUUUUACAGCUAACCUAUCUAAAACCGUGAGGCAUCAGAGACAGAGCAAACGUCCUAGGUUAAGCGUGGAUGAUAAUGACUGGGAGGAUUUGGACUAUGCAAAAUCUAAAAGAGUUCUUCGGCGCUCAAAAAUAAGAACGAGAAACCAGGGUAGAAGGACUGUGAGAUACCAUGAUGGAGAUGAUGAUAGAAGCUUAGAAAACGUGUUAGAGUUCAAUGAUUGCACCUUAUGACCUUGAGAGAAAGCCAGUUACUUAAAGAGAAAAUGGACUGGAGUUUGGUUGAACACUGGCUGAUGAAAUUAUUUUUUUGUCUUACAAUUCAGGGAAUAUAUUUAUAUUUUUCUAUGAAAAGUUAUGAAUGUGACUAAAUCAUGACUGUUAUUUUUAUUUGCACUUGCUGGUCUUUGUAGCAGCAUUCAGCACAGGUGCCAAAAUAUGCUUCAUUUUGGGGGCAGAUCUACUUUAAUAGUAUUUGACUACGUGUAGCAAGUUUGAAAUAUGUAAACACUAGACACCCUGGUUAUGAAAACCAGUGAGCAUUACUUUCAUGGUAGCAAAGUGUCGUGCAGUUUUUUUUUUUUUCUGAAUUUACCCCGAGGUGGUAAUCUCUAAUCCCUGUCCUUAGGAGAACAAUUUCACAUGACCUAUGUUUACAGAUUCUUCAUCCGUAUUAUGUGCAUGCUGACGUUAUAAUCAUGGGAAGUGAGCCAUGAUUAGCAGGCAAGGUACCCAUUGCUCCCCGCCCCACCCUGCCCAACCACUUGAGGACAUUGUAUUAUACCACACUUGGUCAUUUUCGUUGGAGUGGUUUCCAGUUUUCUUUCCAAUGUUAUUGGGUCUUCUUUCUUUUUAAGGAUCACUUUUAUAUUAUAAACUUGAAUUUAUAAAGUAUUAGUAAAUUAUUUUCAGUGCUUGAGUGUGUAUUCAAAGCUCGAAGGCCAGAGCAUAGUCAUAGUAUUUCCUUUCAGGUUGUGCACUAACAAAAUGCUGUAUAAUUUUGUUUUCUGUCCAAAAUCUUGCUGGCUUUCAUUGUGAUUUAACCAAAAUUUUGCUCUUCCAUUGUCUUACUCUGAAAACAAGGAGUUUGUGUGCCUUAGAUUAGGGAAAGUGUGUUAAGUAGGGCUAAAAAAAAAAAAAAAAAAGGAUUUAAGCUGUAUGUAGAUUUUCCCCAUCUGUAUUGAAAUUGUAGGGCUGAAUUAGGCAUGCAGUUGCAGGUCUUACCUGUGUAGGACGGUAGUUCAGUGCCAAUCUCCAUCUCUGUUUUUAAAAGGUUACUGUUGCUAGGUGAAAUCUUAGGUGUUCUUUACUGGGGCAACUAAGUGUUUCUUUAUUUGUGACCUCUCGUCUAAAUGUGAGAAGAAGCUGUUAUGUUUUAUGGGAAGAUAACUUUGGAAUACAGUUAAAGUGAAACUUUAUCACCCCCAUACCUAUAGUACACUUCUUUUUUGAGCCAAAUACAGUAAAUACUUCUACUUGAUAGCUUAUGCUACUCCAAACAGUGUAGGCAGCCGUUCCUAGCUUGUUUGUGCCUGAAGUGGUUUACAUGUUUUCUAGGUAAAGAGUAGGUUACAGUAUUGCACCAUUACAUUAUUUAUUAGCCCUAGCUGUGCUUGAUUUUAGACAGAGUUAACCCUUUUCUCCUAUUUUCUUGAGGUGGCAUAUAGAAGACGCAUGUGACUCUGGUAUCAGUGUUAGAGAAUGAUCCUACGUGUUCUUGCCUUUGAGUUACUUUUUCAUUUGACAUGGUAGGAGGUACUUUCUCUUCUACUCUGACACAGGGAGGGAUGCUUUGGGCCAUUUCCACCUGAGAUACCUAAGUGGGAUACCUGCCUGUCAUCUGGUGGUUCAGAGAGCCCUCUCACCACAUGCCAAAAGGACGAUGCGUUUUUCCUCACAGCUCCUGUUAAGUGGACAGUAGACACACUGAUGGAGUAUAGUUAUCUUGACUGUGCAUCUGGAAAGAUUCACGGAUGCCUUUUACAUAGCAAUGGUGAUAGUUCUUAGUCAUGUCCAGUAAUUUAUUUAACUUCUUCUAUGCCUCUCUGCUUUAUAUUUGUUCUCAGGGUUGUGAUUCCAUGUUACCAUAAUCUGCAAAAAAGUACCAAAAAUCCAUAAAUAAAUACAGAACACAUUUAUGAGUACAUACAUUUCUUUUGUAAACCAAUCUUUGACAGUUUGGGCUUUAUUUAUAAAACUGUCUUACUCUUUGGACUGCACUAACUUGCUGUGGACUGACUGGUCAUCCAAUUACUGAUUUUUCUUUUUGUCCAAACUGCUGAAUCUUUCUUGUAUAGAGGCAAUAUUUUGGUUUAAAUCGAACUUAGUUUCAUCAGAAAAAGCAAGAUGGGUCUGUGAUUAUAAAGUGUAGUUGGCAGUGGAGGCCUCUUGACUUCCAAAGGGAAACUAAGGACUUGGAGAGAAAAGCAUUUUUCUGGGUUUUUGUUGUUGUUUUGUUUUGUUUGUUUGGUUAUGGUGCUAUUCCUAAAGUUAACUUUGAAUAUGUGACACACUCCUAAGUACCUUUAAGGAAAAUUAGUAAUGAAUAGUAAAAUGUUUACACUGAGCACUAGAACAGAUUUGACUUUUUCAACUUCAUGUGAAAUGCGCAGGGAUUUAAUGCACAGAUGUACUUUAAUGUUUAGGAUCAGUCAGAAAAACAAAGGUGGGUUUGAGAGUGAAUGUGAACUGGUCCAGAAAGAAGUGCUAUAGCUUUCCAUUGCACUUGAAGUAACUUAAUGGUGUACAUGAAAAAAAAUUUUUUUUUUACUGUGGUUGUGUAUGUCCAAAGUCCUAAGAUUUUAUUCAUUUAUAAUUUUUUAAAAAGUUUUGAAGUAUUUAGAUUUGAUUUUUACUUCCUUUGAAAGAUUAAUUUUACCAAGCGUAUUAAGAGAAAAAAUUCAAACAUUUAAAACAGAUAAAGUUUAAGAAGUAUUUUUUUCUUCCCAUAUCCUACUUAUUUAAAAAGGGUGUACUGAUAAUUUGUAACUUCUGAAUAAAAGGAAAUUUUAUCCCAUUUUCAGAUUAUUUCUAGGGUGUUUAUUCUUUCUCUUGUCUUAUCUAGAAAAAUCUUGGAUUUAUUCUCAGUUGAAAUUAUUUUCAAUUUAGUAAUACUUGGAAACAAUGAUAUAACACAUUUUUGGCUUCUAAUGUACAACACAAAGCUUUGUUUCAAAUGGAGUUAUAUGAUAAAAAAUUGGGUUUUAAUAUGAAAAUACGUGAUGUUCUAGAAGUACAAAUGAAAAAGGUUAUAGAGCAAACCAGUAAAAUAACGUAUGAGGAUAUUACUAUCUGGAAAUGAACAGAGUGCAUCAAUAAGCCUUUCACACUUCUUGGUGACAUUUUAAGUAAAAAUUUUUACUUUGAGUCCUUUUCCUGGCUCCUUUUCCAGGACCCUGUCCCUUCUUUAGAGCACAGAAUGUGUUAACUUUACCGUGUGCUAUGGAAGCUAGGUUGGCAGGGUUUUAAUACCGUCUAUUGGCACAAGUUAAAGUGGUGGCAUUCUGCUGUGUAUCAGUGGAACGCAGACACGCCGUGAAAGGUGCAUGCAGCAGUUGUUUUCCACCGCGACUGUUGUAUUGAUUUUUUAGGUAACUUUCAAAUUGUUAGAAAUGUCUUGCUUUGCCUUUUUAGAACUAAAAUAACCAAUUCUGUUCUUUUUAUCAGUAGUAAGUCAGUAUAUUUACUUAGCAAGUAUGUUACAGUGAUCACCAAAUACGUUUUCUGACAUUGUACAGAAGUUACAGUUCAGUUAUUCUAGUAGGAUGCAGUGCCACGAGCAUUAUAGCAGAACUUUUCACCUUUUAAUUAUGUAAGAUGCACUCCUCAACUUCUCCUCUAAAAACCAGGGAAUAAUAAAGCAGCAAGCCAAAGACAGCAGCUUAACACUUAAUCUGUCUCUUCCAGCAUUUGGAGACCUGGGGAUUAGAUCAAAUGUAUUUGUUAGUGCUAGAGAGAAAACGACAGUGUGGAACAGUUUAGAAUUGGGCUAGGUUAGCACAUGUUCAUCCUGCUCGUAGCCCAAAUUGUGAAUCAGUGGGAAGGACCGAAGGGUAAGAAUUGCGUGCUGAUGGAUGUAUUACCUUUUCUUGUGUUUUCAGGAAGUUUGAGAACUUUAAAAUUAUAGAUGUUGCCCAAGAAGGGCAAGAAGAGGUUCCUCAAAAUUCACAGAUUUUUUUUUUUAUUAGUCUCUUAAUAAUCUGCCAAGCUAGUUUCUAUAUAUUGUCACAUUGGUGGAAAAGUGUCAUUAGUCUUAAGUGGUGUUGCCUUCAAGAACUUUUCUAGAGUUGGUGGUGGGGGAAUCAUGUAAUAAUCUAGACCCCACAAAUCUGCAGCCUGUGUCUAGGACAGCACAUAUGUAAAUAACUAGAUUGUACAUCUUUCUCAAACAUUGCAAGACUGACAGUUUGCAUUGAAAUGUUUUGUACUUCCUGGUCAUACUUUAAUGUUAAGUCAGUUUUAAGGUAAGUUUUGUCAUUUAUUAAAAUCUUUAAAUGGUGAGUGUGGUAAUCCCACCAAGAAGAGGUGAUCUAACUGUCCAAACUGAAGAUGAUACAUUGAAGGUUAUGUGACCUGUAAGAGCCCCGUUCCUGGUUCCUGUGAGAUAAAUGUGUUAGAAAUUACCUUCUUUCAUUAGUGGUUGAAAGUUAAAAGGAAUCUUUAUUUUUAAUAUAUUGAAGUUAAUUUUCUAAGUCUGGACCAGUCCUUAACCUGUGCAGCCACAUCCAGUGCAGCCGUGGGAUUUCAGCCAUAUUACAGGAGCAAGGCCAAACAGCGAACGUUUACACUUCUAAGAUCUUUAGUGGUGUCUAAAGUAACUCCACCUAGCAAACCAGUUUUUAAUCAGUUGCUAACUAAAAUAGUAAAAAAAUAAUGUUGCUAUCCUGACAAGCAGAAGUCUUUUUCAAAAGUCUCUGAGGCAGACGGCUCCCUAGUGCAGUUUCCCACCUACAUCCAUGGGCUGUGUGUGUGUUUGUGCAGGUAGGUCAUGCCGGCAGGCUGUGGGUUCAGUGAGGGCCGGAGUGAGCAGGAGGCCUGCUGCUUUCUGCAGCGAGGUGAGGGUGGGGGUGGUGGUGAAAACCCAGUAUUCAUUUUCUCAUCUGCAUUUAUUUUGAAACGCUGAGCUACUUCUCUGAGCAAGUGGAGACAGCACAGCCCUCUGCAUUCAGUGAGCAGAUAAGUGUGAGGUCCUUGGACUUGUACUUCUGCUUUUCAGUAGAUUGUUGAUAAUUACAGUAGAAAUAUUUGGGGCAUCACUAAGGUGACCAACCCUUAAGGGACUCCGAGAAAACUGCCCUGUGCAGAACUAGAUUAGUUGUAGCUUCAAGAAAAAUCGGUGCUCACUGCACAAGCGAGUCCUCAGCAGUUCUUCGAGAUGACAGAACAGGUCAGUGGAAGGACUGCUGACCGCUUGGCACUGCCUUGGGCAGAAGUGCAGACUGCAGUUCUGCCACCUGCCCUAGAAAACAGUUAUUUAAGGGUCUAGCGAGCUCCAGAAAACACUGCCACCUACUGACACUUUCUAAAGCAGCUUCAGUCUGUGGCAUCCCUUGGAAACUGGAAGGAUAAAGACCACUGGUCAGUGCCAUUGCUUUGUGAAUUUCAUGUCACUUCUUCAGACGCAGAGGAGAGUGCGUCCCCAGCUGUUCAGUUGUAUGUUCUCCCCAUCAAAUUUAUUUUAAAUUCUCCAUUUUAAAAAUGCUGAUCAGAUUAGGUAUUUUUAAUGCUUCUGGAGUAAUGAUGUGAUGUUUACUUUGGAUCUAGGAGAAUUUUGUGCAAUGACCUGUGUUAGAAUAUAAAUCUCGAGAUGCAGGAGCUAGUGGUUGGUGUUUUGAGUCAGCUGUCAUGUCAUAUCCUCGUUUCCUUUCACCACACGGAGACCCUCCUGGACUGUAAGCAGCUGUGCACCUACCCCGCGGUCCUUUAGGUGAACCUGGAUAGUUCUACGCACAUGCUUGUAGAUUUUACAUUCCUGGCCCAAAUAGGGCACUGUGCUCAGGUGGGCGGCCUUCUGCGGCAGGUAGAGGUGCACCCCAUGUGCUGGGUUGCAGAUCUGGGGACAGUGGGAGGUUGGGGGUUGGGCUCACUUGGUAUUAAGCCAUGCUGUCAGCAGAGCACUGUUAGACAAAUAUUCUACAAAGUCCUUAAGCUUUUAACCUAACACAAGGAGACUUCUCUAACUCAAAACUUUACAUAAACUUAAGUUCCUGAAAAGGUAUAAACACUGCACUUUUGAAGCACUUCCUUUCCCAUAGAGCCACCUGAAGCAGGUGAAUCAGGCUUUCAGUGUGGGUGUACGUGGGGACCGUGAUUGUGGCAGUUACCUUAGCUUGCUGACCUGCCACUCAGGUGCCUGGUGAGUAGUCUGAGAACAUGGAGCCCUUAGACAUUUCACUGGAAAGUCAUGGCACACAAUUAGCAAGAGGAACUGGCAUGUAUACUUAGGUUGCUGUAGUUGGUGAAAUACUUGCUAACCUAUUUUGGAAGAACAAAAUAGGUCUUUUUUGCGUGUAUGUCGGGAGAGGGGGUCUCACUGCAAUUUAGGCUGGCUCUGAACUCUGUACCCCAAGCUGCCCUCAAACUCACAGUGAUCUUCCUGCCUCAGCCUCCCAUGUGCUGGGAUGACAGGCAUGUGGCCACUGUGCCUGGCAAGAGCUCCAUAUUUUUCUUUUUUCUUUUUUUUUUUUUUUUUUUGGUACCAGGGAUCGAACUCUCGACCCUGUACAUGCAAGGCAGGCAUUUAUGCCACUGAGCUAACUCCCUGGCCCACGAGCUCCAUAUCUUAAAGCACAGCUUUGAAACGUUUCAUAAACCUAAAGUUUGAAGGGUAUUCACCCUGAGGGCCAAGGACUUUCCUCCUCUCUCCUUGACCCACAGAAACAGUUUUCAUUUGUACCAUUGUCCUCAGCUUGGUGUCACCCAGGCAAUACCUCCAUUCGAGGAGAAACUAAGAAGGUUAGAAGUUUUGCAUCUACCAAUUAACACUGUUACUCGAUAGUAUCUGAGCAAAGGCCUUUGUUCUCUAGUAUUGAGUAGUGAAGAGAAGUCUGCUGUGUCCUCCAGAAGUCUAGUGUGGGUGCAAUAGAAUGAGGUGUGUUAUUUGAGUAUUGUUUAGCUGUCCUUGUUGCCUGCUCAGAGUCUGGACUAGCUCACCAGGGAGUAGAGUCUCACAUUCAGGGUCUAAGCCAUGUCACAUACAGCAAAGAAAUGCCGCCUCUGCUUGAGCAAAGUACUGGGCUGUGUUUGAGAAGUCUGGCUUUGAGCUACAUAUUGGCAAACACGAAAAUGUGAGCCCUACCCAGCUCGGGAACUCGGGAUGGCAGAAGUGUGGCCCAGGCACACCUGCUCUCCGGGGGCGGCUGGGAAGUUGCCUCUGGUCCCGGAGGACCUCACAAGUGGCAGCUUUCUGCUGUACCUUUGGGCCCAUGAAUCCCUCACAAAGUCUGGCUAAACUGUCCUUUCCUCAAGGGAAGUCUUUGGUCCCUUAGACUGGGUUAGGUUCCCAGCACCGUGUGCUGGGAAGUUUCUUACAGAAACUGAAGGGGUAUGGGUGUCACGGUUUUUAGGGUCAUUGUCUUGAUGUGUGUCUGGCACAUGCCUAACUCAGAAAACAGUUGACUGACUUAAGAUUUAAUCAGUCUAGUUGUUACAUGUUCCAUUAUUUGAAAAAGAAAAAGAACUAGAGUUAGUAAAGUGGUGUUUCAGGUACAUCCAAUCAGGAUGUGUUUUCUUUUUGUCUGCCCAUUAGCAAUUUGACAGUUUCUUGGGCAAAGGAAAUAAGCCAGCCUGCAGGGUCCUCCUGAAGUGAGAGCUGUCACUGUGUGAGUAUGCAGUCUGCAGCUUUUCUCCUUGCUUAGGCUCCAGGGAAGUUUGUUUCGGAACCUGUACCAAAUACUUUGUAGUACUGAAGUGGAGGAGUACACAUGAUGCCAAAAGUUUAAAACAUGGUUUUGUUUUCAAAAUCCAGACACUGAAUAUUUUUGAGUGAGUGGCUUUAUGAUGCUGAAGGUAUAUCUAACUUCAUUGUUGCAAGUCAGGUGCCCUGUGAAGUGACAGUUACCCUCUUGGACUUAGGUUUAAAAAACGUAAGGUUGUACUAGUAUCCAAGUGCUUAGGCAGUGGGAGUUUUAAAAUUCCUGCCUAUUUAGGAAUGCAUUGUGAAAAAAUGUUAAGUGGUAAAAUCUUGUGUUACAAGAUUUUUUUGCAUUCACUUGAACUUUCACUCAUUUUUCAGAAUCUGUUCCUAGAGACAGAGACAAUACAAAAAUGAGAACAUGUAUGCAUAAUCAGAAGGAAGCAGUGCAGAUGCCUAGUGAAACUCUGAGAGCAAAAGUGGUGCCUGAGAAAAUUCCCCGCAGAUGCGCUGCUGUCGCUGCAAAUAAAAUAAAGAUGAUGAGUACCCCAAAACAGAUGAUCUCAGGACCAGAAAGUGUCUGGAUUAGGAAGAGCAGCAGAGAACUGCCCCAUCGAAACGCGUCUGCUGCAGCUAAGAAAAAAUUACUGAAUGUUUAUAAAGAGGAUGAUACAACCAUAAAUUCUGAAAGUGAAAAAGAGCUAGAAGAUGUUAGUAGCAAAAUGCUUUUUCUAAGGUGGUUCAGACCCUGGAAGGAAAAAGCGCAUUAGUGACUGAGAAUGUAGAAAUGGUGUCCAGAAGCGAGCAGGGCCUCCAGUAGAGUGGCAGCUGCUUCUGCUUCUCACCCUGACGUGAAUCCCCUUGUUUCCUCCCGUGAGGAACCUUCUAAAAGCCAUACUCCAGUGGUCAAGGCUGCCUUCCCGAGGGUCCUUGUGCAGACCGGCAGUAAGGAGGUAGGCGCUGAGCCUGGAGGCUGAGGAGAGGGCCAGGCUGUGGAUGGAGCCGGUAGUGAGGGGAGAGGACAAGCCAGGGCCUGUGGUAAGACUGCUAUCCCUUCCAGAAAGCAAAAGCCUGGAAGAAUUACCUUGAUUUGGUAGAGGAAGAAAAUGGGAAGUGGACAGGAUUUGCAGAAAAACUUCAAGGACGUAGAAAUUUCAAAAGCUCAACCUGAGGCUAAUUUUAAGGGUUCUCCUUUAGAACAUAAAAAUUCAGACCAUCUUGACUAUCAUGGCAAUACAGAAAUGGGAAAGAAAAAGUGGGGCACAUUUCCCCAGGAAGUGCCAAUGACUUUGGGGUGGAACAGAACCUUUUGUCCUUAUAAUUCACAUUCCUAAAGGUCAAAGCCCAAAGGACCAGGGGAUUUGAUGCCGGAAAUGUUAGUUCUGAUACACAGUGUUAGAAACAGGCAGUUGGAGAAAAUCCAUUAAUGUCUUAUUUCGUUUAUAACAUUGGAAUUUAUACUGAACGAUCACUCGGUAUGACUAAUUCAGGGAAUAUAUAUUUUUCUAUGAACGCGAUGAAUGUGACUAUCACUUCACGUAGCAGCAAAAAUUAAGCAGGCUUAGUUUUGGUAAGAAAAGUAUAGUUUAAGAUCAAAUUUGUCAUAUUUUUAGAUAUGAAAUUUUUAUGUUUUUCUAAAGCACCUUAAAAGUUAGAAUUUAAACACUGAGCAAGUUUAUUAUAAUCUUAUCAAACUUUAAUGACAGCAUGUCUGGUCUAUUUCAUUGUGGCCUUUGCUAGGAUUAGAAAAUUUGGUCAUUGUACUACAGAGAAUUUAUUUGCAAUGGUGUUUGAUUUGUUAAUAGGUAUUUGUUGAGAUUAAGAUCACCAGAUUGAAUGUACUGCCAGUACUUUUUAACAUAGUAAGAUGCUAUUGGAAAAAUAAAUUGUUAAAUCUGUGACUACUAAUACAUGAUUUGCAUGUGUAAGUAUGAAAAAGUAAAAUGUAGAAACCCAGAGGUUUCUAUUUCUUUUUCAUAAAGACUAAUGCAUAUUUUUUGGUUAUACAGAUGGACCACGUGUCUUUGAUUACUUGAAAUAUUUGUGGCUGCAUGCUUGUUUACAAAAGCUUUUUUUAAAAAAAAGUUUAAGCCAAAAUAUCCUAAACUACAAUGCGUGUACAUUUCUUUUUUGUAGUGUACUUUAAUUUGAAAUUCUGAUCUCCAUUGUCUUGGUAGACUAGGUGAGAAAUCCUAAUAAACUACUGUUGACUAUAGGUGCAUGGGGUUUGAUUUUGGAGCUUUAAUGAAAUGCAUAAACUUAAUUUUCAGUCUCCAAUUUUCAUUUCAUAAAAAUUUUUUACUGGGUAUAUUAUGUCCUCAAGAAAUACAACUAAAAACAAGUCUGAGUGAAAUGCAAAAUUUUAUACAAAACUUUGACAAUUUGCAAUGAAUUUAAGCUUUCAAUUUAUAAUUUACUGUGCUAGGAUUAAUUCCUGUCAGUAUCCAAGAUUGUAUGGACAAUCUUUCAUAAUGGAAUCCCUUGUCUGGCUUCGUAUUUAAUUUGAACAUAUUUUUCAUUUUUAAAGUGCUUAGCCUAUUUUUUUUUUUUGUAAUUGCAUGAAAUAAGCAUUUGUUCAAAAAUUCACAUUCUUGCAAAAUUGUUCUCUAUGAACUGUAUGGAGAAUUUAAAUCAUUGCCAAAUGUAUUACUACUACUCUAUAAUAAUUGUAGUUAGAGUUCCAGGAAAGAUUUUUUUGUAAUGUAAUCGAGAAAUCAAACCGAGUAUUUUAGUGGUCAAAUGAUAAAUUAUUUAACAAAAGGACUAAAAAUGAUGCCCAAAUAACUUCCUACUCUGUAACUCAUUCUAUUAGAACGCUUAACCAGGAGUCCUGUGUUUUAAAAUAUACUGGUAGCCUUGUAUAUUCUCUCACUAAUGAAAACCUAGUUUCCUAAACUCUUGCUCGUGGUUUGGUUUUAAUGUUUAUUCCUAUUAUGUUCAUUUAAACAAUAUGUAAAAUUGCUAAAUAUGAAUUACAUGUAAAUAACUUUGUUGGUGGUUACUUUUCUACAUCUGAAGACAUUUUCAGCGAUUUUUGAGUUUUUGUUUUAAAUUUCAAGGCUCCCUGUGCCCCAAAGUAAUACUUUCCUUCAUGAGUACUGAAAAAAACCACUGUAAAAUGCCAGCAAUGCCAUUUAUUUCAGCACAACUAAAUCUAGAAUACGGUGUUUCUCAUUGCAGUAUCAGUGUCAUUUUCAGUUAACAGUUGUCCCCAUUCGUCUUGUUCGCUUGUAACAGUGCUCUGUAGACUUUGGCUUCCAGCACGUGGUAACAGAAGCAAUUCGAAAUUAUAAUCAUAUACUUUAUUAAUGAAAAGCUCUUUAAACCAGUUUGUAUUAUUAUAAAUGACCAGUUUAAAAAAUUAUUUUUGCAUUCUCAUGGAAAUGUUUUUUAGGUCAACUUGACUAUCAUCAGGUUUUGAAAUGUGAGUUCCUGUAUCGGAGUAAAGGUCUCGUUUUUUACUACA